AUUAUAAUUUAGGAUUUGAUUUCUUUUCUGUUUUUAAAGGAAAUAACCCAAUGAACAUUCCAGCAGGAGGAAUAACAACAGAUCAGCAGCCACCAAACUUGAUUUCAGAAUCAGCUCUUCCAACUUCCCUUGGGGCCACAAACCCAACGAUGAACGGCUCAAAUUCUGGAAACAUUGGAACCCUCAGCACUAGACCAGCAGCAGCACCUACUUCUAGCGCUGGUGUUCGGAAAGUCUGGCAUAAACAUGUCACCCAGGACCUGCGGAGGCACCUAGUGCAUAAACUCGUCCAAGCCAUCUUCCCAACACCUGGCCCUGCAGCCCUGAAGGAUCGCCGCAUGGAGAACCUAGUGGCCUACGCUAAGAAAGUAGAAGGGGACGUGUAUGAGUCUGCCAACAGCCGGGGUGAAUACUAUCGCUUAUUAGCAAAGAAAAUCUAUGAGAUACAAAAAGAACAAGAAGAAAAACGGAGGUUGCGUUUACACAAACAAGGCAUCUUGGGGAACCAGCCAGCCUUACCAGCCCCCGGGGCGCAGCUUCCUGGGAGACCACAGUCACACCUGUGAGACCUCCAGGUAAGGACU